AUGAAAUCAACAGCGAACAGCGGAUUAGCGACUCCGGCGCCGGCCCUACUCCCUUCUGACCGGCCACCGGACUCCCUUGAUUCCUCGGCUCCAGCCAAUUGCGCUAGGGUUACUGAAAGCGUGGCCCCGAACAUUGGUGUUUCUGAUAUGGCGAUUGACGCAUCUGUUUUGUCUGUGCAGGCUUCUCCGGUGGAUGCGACGCAAAAACAGGGGCUUCAGGACCUAGCCGUUCCUGGACGACGGCUGGACCCCUCUUCUCAGACCUCGUCUCAACAAACGCAAACAACAACGAAUCCUCCAGUUUUGAACUUCAAAGCAGCUUUGGCGGGAUCGGCGGCAAAUCAAGGCAGAAAAUCUCAAUGGACUUUCAUCGGAGACAGGGAUCUUGAACCAUCUUCUUUUCAGGGAGAGCCAGCUCUAAAGGUCUCGACAGCUCUAAAGGAACGGCUCUGCCAGCCAUGGCAGAAAACCCUCAUCGUUCGCUUACUUGGCAGAUCGAUCACCUAUUCCUACCUUGUCUCCCAGCUGAAAUGGAAAUGGCGGCCGGUGGGAUCUCUGGAAAUUAUAGACCUCAACAACGACACUUUCUUAGCAACUUUUGGCAACAAUCAAGAUUAUCUUAGAGCACUAACAGGAGGGCCUUGGGUCAUUCUCGAUCACUAUUUGAUCGUUCACCAAUGGUCACCGGCCUUUCGUACCUCGGACAAGCCACAUCGAUCGGUGGUGGCCUGGGUACAGCUCCCCGAAUUGCCAGUACAUUUCUAUCAUCGGGAGAUUCUUUUCGCCCUUGGAAACUUGAUUGGAAGAACCAUCAAAUUAGACUAUCAUACGGAGCAUUUAGAAAGAGGCAAGUUCGCUAGAAUUGCCAUCGAGCUCGACAUGACGAAACCUCUGCCCACAAGAAUCUGGCUUGAUGACUUCUGGCAAGCUAUCCUGUACGAAAACUUACCCACAAUCUGCUAUGGAUGUGGCCGAAUUGGUCAUCAAGAAGAAGGUUGUCCUCAGAAGAGGCAGGAAAACCAGGUCACCACUCUUUGCCUACCUGAACCCCCAUCCCAAACGCUGUCGCCGACGAACUCUCAGGAACCUCCGGCGGGUUUCGGACCCUGGAUGCAGGUCACCCGAAAAUCGCGGAAACAAGGAAGGAAAGCACCCAACAUGGAAAACCCAAAUCGUGGUCAGCUACAGUCCAACCGCGGGGAUUUGGCCAAGAUUUCGGCGGCAACAAAAGGAAAGAAUGAAGAAAUUAGUGGGAAAGGAUACAGAGAAGGGAAAGGAAAGUUGGAACAGAGACCAGGAAACAAAAAGGACAACUCAGAGACAUUAAAGACAAAACUUCUCCCCACUGAAGAUAAAUCCAACGGUAAAAAGAAAAUUCAGCCAUCGCAGGAGUGGCGGCCCAUUGUUGAAAAGCAACAAAAGGAAACCCAGCCCAAGAGCCAAGAUAAGCCCAACCCAAUGAACGUUGUCACUGACCCAUCUUCGUCGAAUUCCAAACCGCAGACCAUAACCCAACAUUCAAGAGACGGAAAAGGAGCUAACAUUCAUAUCAUCACAGUUCCCGAACUGGCUCUCACCGCCAAGGAAAAUCAACCGAAGGAAUCCCGGGAAAGCGUCUCGAUCAGAAAACAUUUCAGAAGAAAAUCAACCGAAGUUAGCUCCCCAGCGAAUACCAAGAAGGGCAAUAGCCUCCGGGUGUCGAAGUCAAGCCAUUGCAUGAACUCGAGCGCGCGGGAUGGCAAAAGACCACAUCACAAGAAGAAAUCCCAUAGCCAUACAAAAUCGGUGGAAGAGCUGCUGGACCAUCUUCAAGCGACUCCAAUUCCCGGCGAAGGCGACGCGGGAUACAAAGGGGUUGACGAACAAAUGUCAGAAAUCUCAAAUCCCCAACAAAGUGAAGCGAAGGAGGGGUCGAUUCUGGCUGUGGCAAUGCAAGAGACAGCAAUGGCUCCGGCGGCGGCUGCAAGUAUUUGA